UAUUUGGGUUUCAUUUUCAUUUUUCCAACACAUAUUCUUACUCCUUCGACCAUGGGAAGUUUCUCAUUACUCUCGGCUGCAGCAAGAAGGCUUGAAGGAAAAGUGGCAUUAAUCACUGGUCGGUCUAGCGGCAUUGGUGAGUCCACUGCAAGACUCUUCUCUAAACAUGGAGCAAAAGUUGUAAUUGCUGACAUCCAAGAUGAAUUGGGUCACUCUGUAUGCGAAGAACUAAAUCCUCAAUCUACAUCCUUCGUCCAUUGUGAUGUUACUAAAGAAACAGAUGUAGAAAAUGCAGUUAACCAUGCUGUUUCCAAGUAUGGUAAGUUAGACAUUAUGCACAACAAUGCUGGUAUAGUUGGGGUAGCCAAACCUAACAUCCUUGACAACACCAAGGCUGAAUUUGAGCUAGUGGUUAGUGUCAACCUUGUAGGUGAUUUCCUUGGCACCAAACAUGCAGCCCGUGUGAUGAUUCCAGCUAAAAAAGGUAGUAUAAUCAAUACCGCUAGUGUUUGUUCAACCAUAGGAGGAGUUGCAAGUCAUGGCUACACAAGCUCAAAACAUGGUUUGGUUGGAUUAAUGAGAAAUACAGCAGUGGAGCUUGGACAGUUUGGAAUUCGUGUGAAUUGUGUGUCACCUUAUGCGGUUGCUACACCUUUGGCAAAGGAUUUCUUGAAGCUAGAUGAUGAUGGAGUUAUUCGUGUUUAUUCCACCCUCAAGGGUGUAGUUCACCAGCCAAAGGAUAUAGUUGAGGCUGCUCUCUAUCUUGGAAGUGAUGAGUCAAAAUAUGUGAGUGGACAUAACAUUGUCAUAGAUGGAGGCUUCACCAUUGCAAAUCUAGGCUUUUGUAUGUUUGCACAGACUUAA